AUGAAGAGCCAGCUCCUCCCCUUCAUCCAUCCUGAGCACUGGCAAGCCGCCAUCGCGUACUGCGCCCGCGUAUUCAUCACUUUGGUCCCGACUCUUCACUCCGAUCUCACCGACCACAAAGAGUUCAUGGCCAUCCUGGCGCAGUUUGAGGCGGGCUUGUUCGGGGCCGACGCCGCGCAUGGGCAGCUUGAGGCUCUCUUCGGCAUCAAGAAUGUCGAGCUGACGGAGGGCUUUGAGCGCUUCUAUGACAUCUCGGCGGUCCAGGUCGCAGCGAGGGCGAGGACUAGCGCAUUCAAAGCAGCUUGCGCAGCGGCUAUGGUGCCGUACGCACUGGCUCCAUCGGGCUUUGAGGGAAUGGGCACGGCUCCGCAGGGGGUCGACUUCGGAGCUGGCGGUGGUCUGGCUCGCGAUGCUAGGGGGAUGGCACCAGCAGCAGCGCCACCAAGCUGGUUGGAUCAGGGAGCUGGCGUGCUGGUUACGCCGCCGCCACUACCGCGGAGCCUCCAGCAUGCUGACGACUUCAAGCACGGCACCGCUCCGCCGCCCGAUAUGGCGCCACGCGCCUCGCAGGCCCCUCCCGCCCCCGCGCUGCCGCCGCAUAAGAAGCUCUUUACCCAUGCCAUAUGCGGCAAGACGUUCACGGCCAAGUACUACGUCAAGCGCCACCACUUUGGCGCUGGGAAGGGGAAAUACGGGUGCUGGCACGUCAAUGGGGAGCCGCCUAUUCCAUGGGACUACGGUUUGCCGCAGUAG